UAAAAAUUAAUAUGUUGGAUAUUUUUUAAAAGCUAUCUUGUGUGAAAAUAGCUUUGUCUCGAUAAAAACAAAUGAUUGAAAAGAAAUAAUCGAUGAUGGGUCUUUUGACAGCAGUCGCAGAAUAAAUUUUUUGUGCCAAUUACGUCGCGGACAUUUUACUUUAUUUAAUAUUUGCGUUAAAUUGUCAGUGUGAUUUGAAUGUAUUUUAACGAUCAGUGUGAAAAUGGCGAGAAAGGACACGAAAAUUGUAAAAAGAAAGAGAAAACCAAUGAGACCCAUGAAAAUCGCUGCUCUAGUUGUCUCUGCUAUACAGGAUCUUUGCGAAACCAAAGGCACUACAUCCAAAAAAAUCGCGGGAUAUAUUAGUUAUGCUUCGAGCAUACCUGAAGAACGCGUUAAACGACAAGUGAAGGCGGCUUUGAAACGAGGUAUCAAGUACGGUAUUUUACGAAGAUACCGCGGUCACUAUUUUCUUCCAACUGGUGAUGAAUUGGAUCGCGCAAAUCGUAUCGCCAUGCGUUUUGCAAGAUUGCCGACGCCGCUGCUCGCCAAGUCAAAAACCAAUUGCGCUCAUAAGAUAAAGAACCACAGGGGAUCACGAGGAAUUGGUAAUAGUGUGCGAAAGAGCAAAAAAGUUGAGAAGAGCCGCAUCCUCUCUAUCUCGGCUAGUUCGAGUUUGACGGAUAAAAUUGCUGGCGAUGCCGUGUCCGUGACGGAGUGA